AUGACAGACUAUUCUAUUGGCUGCGCGCCAGGCGAACCCUCCUACAUGGAACUCCUCUGCCAUAUACCUCUAACUACUAACCCCCCUGAUUGGCGAGACUUAUCCCUCAGGGAACAAGACUUAUGGCAAUUCGAAGCGUGGAUAGAAGCUCAGUAUAGAGAGGCUAUGAAGAAGCUGAAGGCUCGAGAGGAGGAGGAAGAGGCACCAGAGGAGGAGGAGAAGGCACAAGAGGAGGAGGACAAAGCUCAAGAGGAGGACGAGAAAGCUCGGGAGGAGUGGGAGAAGGUAGAGAGAAGGAGGCUUGGUAUGCCUCGAAGAAUACAGGAGAAAGUGAAUGAGAUUAAUUUUGAGACGGUCGGUGAGUGCGGUGAGAUUGAGGUAGCUGGCAGAGAGACCAGAAAGGCAAAGCUCAGGGGACUCGAGAAGCGACGCGAGCAAGACCGCCAACAAGCCCAAUCUCUGGAACCGAAAAGACCUCACCGUAAGGUACAGAAUAAUGAUACAGAAGAUGAGGUCAGGAUUGUAGGAUCAAGGAAGAGAUAUAGGUCAAAGCAGAAGGAGAUGGAAGAUGAUGAAUACGAGGAUAAUGAAGAGGUAGUGGGUAGAGUGGGCAAGAAGGCGAAACUCGAAGAAGUGCAGAAGAUAAACAAACAAAAUCUCGAAGCAUCUUAUUCUCUCCAAGGGUUGCAGCAUCAGCGCAAAGGGCAGGAUGAGAAAUCGGACGAUGACGUUCAGUAUAUAGGGACUAGGAAGAAAGACAAGUCAAAGGAGAAGGUACAGGAGGUUCAGAACGCCAAUGACACUUUUGAGGUACUUGAGGGGCAAAAACAACAACAUCCUCAACAACCAGCUAUCUUCAAUCCACACUCAGGAUCACUUCGCCAAGCUCAACCUUCUGUACCUCAACAACCUCCACGACCAGCUCUGUUCGGUACAAUACCAGUCCCUGCAACUGCUCCUCAAGCUCAAGUCUCUGCACCAGCACCCAGCUCAAUCCUCGCGCCACCUCCGGUUUCCCGUUUCGGCUGGAGCCCAAGCUACAACCAAGUCCAACGCCCAAUUCAUCCCCACACCCACACGCAAACCCGACCCCAGAUUCCUACACAGUCCUCGCACCCAUACAGCACCAUACCAGUCCGACCAUACAUCUCACCAUACGCGCCUCCCAUAGCUGCAGCACCUGUUCUCGCACCACCACCAUAA